AUUCGAAACCAAGAUGAUAUGCUUGCAAAGAUGCAGAUGAAAAUACCAAUCUUCCAUUGCUACGGCCACCAGGCUUCCUGUCAGGUGGAGUUUAAUCCAAGAAGAACCACAGGAUUUGGGCUGACCGAUGGUGAAGGUAUUGAAAGACUAUGGUCAUAUCUAAGGUGUUUUGCAAGAAUAACUAAAGAAAUGACACCAUCCCACCGAGUAGAUUUACUAACUGAUGCCCUGCUACAUUAUGCUAAGCGGAAAGAGAGAAACAUUGGGAAGGUUCUUGUGCAGAAGCAUAGUAAAGCAGUAUCAAUUUUGAAGAAUACUGAGAAGGAGAUUGGAGAUAAAAUCAGGCUCAUCAAUAAAG